AUGACCUUGAAGUGCCCCGGCACCCAUACUGAGUUGACCCGGUAUGCCCCACUUCGCGAGGUCGAAUUAAUACUAAUAAUCCAUUGAAAAAGAGAUUGCCAUCUAGAUUUCGACGUCAAAAAGUUCACCAGAAAACUAGUGCUACAUAUUCUGAAAUCCAUUCAAUCUUCUGAAAGUGUCUAUAGUUUUUGAGCGGAGUAAAACAAACAUUCAGUCAUGUUAUGUUAAACUCCUGUUAUAAUUGAGAAGGGAGUGUAUACACAAGCAGCAACUGUUUACCAAAUGUGUCUUAUUUCUUCAGAUUCAUCAGUGUGUUUUACUUGAAAAUCAAUAGCUUAAGGUGGUGUGUAUUGUAUGUGCUCACAUAGACUUUUAAACUAAAAUAUUGAACUAUGAACUUCAGUUGGCAUGUUUAUCUAUCAGAGACAGGUGCUGAAAUCUCACCAACUAAUUUAUUUCCACAUGUUACUCAAAGUCUUGGAACAGUAAUCAAAAAGUUAAGGAUGAAGUCAAUAAUCAUCAAUCUUUUUGGUGGCCAGCUGAAGUAGUCCUAGUUUCUGGUUAUCUUAUUCUCUUGAAAUGGUGUAUCCCAGAGAUAAAUAGUCGCCCACCUGAAGUAAAUACAUGCUCUAACUCAAAUUCCCUUCAAGUUGUAACCUCUAAGUCUAAAGGAAAGAAUAAAUUUUGGUUUGAUACUAAAGGUCGAAAUUGGCAGUGUUUACAACCUAUGGGUUGGUGUCUAUCAAAAGGUAUUGAUUGGAAUCCACCAAAACAAUUUAGUCAUCUUAAAGGAAUUCAUUGGCAAAUGACUGAUUGGGCAGUACGUCUACAAAAUCGUUCAGUUAGCAAUGUAUUUUUUGAACGGCAUUGUUUGUAUGCUUUUGAAACUAUCCGUGUCGGUGGAUACUUUGAAUGUGAACAUGAACUUGAUCCAACUUGUGUUUGGCCAGUAAAGGUGCUUAUGAACAUUGGUGGACGUGUUCUAUUAUCUUGGUUUGGAAUUAAUUCAAAAGUUCAAAAUUCUGAUAAUAAAAAUCGUAGAGUGAAUAAUUUUACAUUAUUUUAUCUUCAUCGCCGGCUACAUCCACUUGGGUAUGGCAAGUUGUAUCAUUUGAAGUAUUGUCCACCACCUGGCUGUGUGUUAGAGCGUGCGAUUUCAAAUAUAGAUACUUUUAUACGUGGUGCAUGUGCAGCCACAUAUAAUGAGCUAUCUAAAUCAGUUGAUUCUCUGCUAUUAAAAUCUUUAUUUUCUGCUGAUAAUAAUCAUAAUACUCAACCUCUUCAUGAGUUUAAAGUGGGUUGGAAGCUGGAAGCUGUUCAUCCACUUAAACCAUAUUUUGUACAGCCGGCGACAGUUGUUAAGGUUUUCAAUCCACGAUAUUUUCUAGUUGAACUAGACGAUCUCCGUGGGAAUGCUACAAAAGAAUUGAUGAAAAUAUCAGAUAAUUUCAGUGCUAUCCAGUUUAUUGCUUAUGCAGGUAUGCCCGAGAUUAUGCCAGUGAAUGAAAGUCAACUGAAAGGCAUACUGCUAUCACCACCACCUGGUUGGCCGAAAAAUCGAUAUUUCACUUGGAUUAAUUACUUAACCUAUCUCUCUGCUCAUAAUGAUUAUAUAAGAAGUUAUACGUCAACUAGAGAUAUCAUUAGUCAGCAUAACGCCUCUACCAUAUUUCAAGAGAAUUCACCAUCAUCAUCAUCAACAUCAAAAAAAGCCACUGUAAAUAAUUCACUUCUUCAUCAUCAGUGUACCAACCUAUCCUCUGAAGGUAUAGAACAAGCAAUCACACUGAAUAGUUUGCCGAUCUGUCCUUCAGAAUCCAUCUUCAAAGGGAUUCAUGCAUUUGAUGCUGUACAAAAACAUGAAAAUUCAAAUAAUUCUAGUACUGAAUUGAAUGCCACUAUUUUGAAUUCUUCAAAAGAUUGUUGUCCAUCAACCAAAGAAAUUGAAACCAAGUCAGAUAAUAAAAAUGAGUUGAAUUCAAACCGAUUUUUGCUUGGUAUGAAGCUGGAGAUAGUAGCACCGCCUGAGUGUUAUGUUAUGUCUUCAGAAUCUUCUAACACUUAUGAAAUUGGACCUGCUCUGUGUACAGCUACAGUGACACGCGUUGAUUAUCCUCAUUUAUUAUGGCUGCUUCCAGAUAUACCCUAUGGCGAUCAGAACAAUAAUUCUCAGGAAGACACAGAUUCUCGUAGUAGUUAUUAUUAUUAUCGUCGUCGGCCGAUUCUAAUGGAUGCUCGAUCGACAAACUUGUAUCCUGUUGGUUGGUCGGCAUUUGUUGGCCAUCCAGUUAUCUCUCCGAAUGGUUAUAAUAUGAAGCAAAAUUGUUCACUAGAAGAAGAGGUGCGGAUGUCAUCGUUGUUGUUGCUAGACAACAACAACAACAAUCCGUCUACCAUCUCGCCUAAACAAGAAAUGAAAGAUACCUUCAGGUUACCAGCAGAGCCUAAAGAUGAUAUAAAACCUAAACGUGAACUACCAAGUUAUGCUGAAGACGAAAUAUGCCCGCCUAUUUAUAUUAAUUCAAGAUGUUAUCUUGGUCCUUUCUUGUGUAAGUCCAGUUUAGAACAAAUACCUCUUCAAUUUGGUCCUGGUCGAGUAACCAAAGUAAUGCAAAGCUUAGUCACGCAUUUAAUUCGUGCUGCCUAUAAGCCUGUCCGCGUACUACGCAUGUUUGAAGCUGAUUGGGUCACUGAUAUAACAUCAAUUUUUAAUGGUCGUAAUUCAUCCUCAACGUUACUAUUAAACACAAUUAGCGGUAAUUGUUGUACUGGACUGACUGAAGCCAAUAGUAGUAGUAGUAGUAAUAAUGUUCGUGUUCUGCGUCCUAAUCUCUAUCAUCAGCAUCCGGCAUUUCAGCAGGCUAAAAAAGAGGCCAUAGAACAGUGUCGUCCAGAUAUGGAGAUUGUGAUAGUUAGUGUUCGAUGUCCUCGUCGAGGGAUAAAAAUUUCAGUGCCAGUGGAGGUUUGCAGGCGUAGAAGAGCAGUAGAAGAAUACUGUCGACAGAUAUCUCUUGUUUUUGAAGCCUGUCCACAUCUUCUCAGUCUUGUUCCGCCUUCUACAUCCGAUGAAGUGAAAUCAUUAUCAAAUAUCACUGGAAUAGAUACUGAUCGUUUAUUUCUUAAUAAACAAACACAAAUCACAUUUGAAAAUAUCACUUCUACAACUCAUGAUUGUCCUUCAUUUUGUAAUAUACGUCUACGUUCACGUUAUUUCGAUCGUCUUCCAGGCUGGAAAAAGCGGUUAACAGCUCUACGUACAUUUACAGAUUCAUCAUCUACUCUUAAUGCAGAGCAUAAUCGUAGUAUUUCAGGAGCUGCCGGUGGACAUGUUACUCGAUCAACAAUGGCAUUACAACAAAAUAACCUAAAUGGAAUAACAACAAUUAAUAGAUAUGAAACACAAUCCAAUUCACAUACUUCAUCAUCCAAUACUAAUAAUGUUGUACGCAGAGGGAAACGUAAGUAUCGAAACACUUCACGCACCUCUGUUGGAUGUCGUAGUUCUGAGAAAAUGAUGUCAAAUGGUUUAGAAAAUACGAAAAAUGGUCCGACAGGAUGUAAACGUCGUGGACGGCCAAAACGUGUGACAAAGUCUGCUGAAACUUCAGAGUUAGUUCAGGGCAACUGUCAGACAGUGUCAUCGUCCUCCUCCUCAUCCUCAUCUUCUUCUUCUUCUCGUGAAUUUCCCAACCCCACAACUACUACGCCUAGUCUUCCUAUCUGUAAUACUGGUACUGUCAAUAAAUCCUCCCAAAAUGUACAUAUCCCCUGUGUCUCUAAUCCUCACGAUAUAUGCCAACCUAGCCAUUCAUCAACAGCAGUUCCUUCAAGUUAUUGUCCAGCUUUACAGACCAUUCCAAAUUGUUCAGAUAGGAAUGGCCUAGAAUUGAUGAAUACAACCGCGGCUGUCGCUGCUGCCGCCUCCACAACAACAACAACAACAACAACUGCUCAACUACCUCUGCGUAAUAGUAAUUCUCCAGUAAUGGAAGGAGGUAUAAAUGCCUUGUUCAGUAAUAUACCUAGAGUUGUUUUAUCCAGUAAUCCAAUGUUUUGGACUCCAGUUGACUUGGCCGGCUAUCUUGGCAAUACUGACUGUCGAGAUAUGUGGCCAUGGCUUGCAGCUGAAGCUGUAGACGGACAAGCAUUUAUGCUGUUGACUCUGCCUGUUUUGCAUAGACUGGUUGGACUGCGUUGGAAUGACGCUGUCCGCCUGGCGCGUCACGUGUUAUCUGUAAAACAAGCCUUUCUAGAACAAUACAGUAUGAAUAGUCAUUCAAAUGAAACAUAUCAACAGUCACAUGAAACCAGAUAAUGCAUGCAAUCAUUCAUUCAAGCAUUCAUUGUUUUUGCCUUUUCUGUAUUUUCUUUUUUUUUGUAUUUAAGUUGCUGCAGUGAGGCGGGGGGGGGGUGGGCAUUGGUUAGACGUCUAUCAGUCUGUAUUGCUAACGUUUAAAUAUUUUUUUAUGAUGCAUACCUACACUACACUCGUUUGUUGUACCUCUACCACUCAACUAGUCUUUCUAAUAUCCGCAAUAAGGUUUUGUUUAUACUUCUUACCUCCCCUAUCCCCCUGCUCGGCCUUUUUGUAUAUAUAUAUAUAUAUAUGCAUAUAUGUAUCCUUCAAUAUUACUGAAAUAGAUAAAGUUUUUAUAUGACUGUGAUGGCUUGUAUAUACGAUAGUUUCUCUCUUUCUCUCUCUCUCUCUCACACACAAACACACAAUAUUUCUCCUUACUCUUAGCUUAAUUCAAUGACUGUUCCCCGUGUUUCUUCUUUUUUGUUUGAUUUUUCCCUUGAUAUUCGUUUCUAUUUUAUGUAUAGCUGAAUGUGUCUUGUAUGAUAUUAAUUGAUACUAAUUUGUACAUUAAAGGUUUAUACAUAUGCAUAAUGGAAAGAAAGAGAAGUUUCAAAUUUAUGCUGUUUAUUAUAGUUUGACACAACCACAGAAGAGAAUCCUGGGGACAACAGUUGGCUUCAAGUUGUCUCCGUUGCAAGCGCUAAGUUGGGAUGUGAAAUUUUCGACUUCGACCUCACCCCCCCCGAAACUCUUAUCUUACAGAAUGGGAAGACAAACUAAGCUGGCUGUCUAAGAGAUACAUCUUACUGUCUGUUACACUGACUAUUCACCCCCCUGCAGUACAACUUCACCAUUAUUAUUAUUAUUUCCUUUAAUUCCUAGAUAGAACAUAGGGCUUCAGUCGCGCGUCUCCAUUGCGUUCGGUUCUCUGUCAAUGUUUUCACCCCGCUCUAAGUCACCCUUGCACUGACGACCAACUCGCCGCUUCCUUUUCGGAUUCCAAUCGAGCAAUGACUUGUCUAGUGAUGUCACUUGAUGGUUUAUUUCUUCAGAGUAUGGCCAAUCCAUCUCCAUUUCUUCCUGUCUAUUUGUUUCACAAUCGGUUCCUGCUGGGUUGGUUCGCUCAUUGCCAGAUAUCCCUGUUGCUGAUCUUUUCUGACUGGCCAUCUGAUCUUGAGUAUUGAGCAAAGACAGCUGUUGAUGAAGGUCUGUAGUUUGUUUGAGGUGCUCUUCAUGAC